AUGCAUUCAUAUGACAUCCCCAAGCAUUCCACAGCAAUCUUAGGAGGUCUAAUCCUCCUCAUAUGGUAUGCUGCCACUUUGCUCCAACGAAAAUGGAGGCAGAACUGCUUCGUCCGAGAAAACCAAUGCAAGCCACCAAGUCAACUCCCUAGUAAACUCCUAGGACUAGAUAUUAUUUUGCAAACAAUCGCAGCCGCCAAACAGCGACGGGUUCUCGAGCUAGGAUUGAGCCGCUUCCAGCAUUAUGGAAACACAUUGAAAUUUAGAAAUCUCACCAAAACCAUGAUAACAACACGGGAGCCACAAAAUAUCAAAACCAUUUUAUCUCUUCGCUUCAAAGAUUAUUCUCUCGGAGAUCGAAUCCAAACCUUUGGACCUUUACUCGGCCAUGGAAUAUUCACUACAGAUGGCGAGCACUGGGCGCAAUCGCGCUCUAUGGUUCGAUCGGGGUUUAGCAAGGACCGAAUCGCCCACCUUGACAUAUUUGAAGAGCUCAUGGGUGAUCUUUUCGAAUUGAUCCCUACCGAUGGCAGCACUGUUGAUUUGCAAGACCUAUUCUUUUGCUAUACCAUGGACUCUGCGACCGAUUUUCUAUUCGGUCACAGUGUUCGCGCACUGAAGAAAUACGGACAUAACCCCGGCGACGAGACAGGACAAGACUUUGGCAGCGCUUUCAAUUAUGCCCAGGAUUCGAUUGCCACCCGUGUUCGAAUGGGACCAUUGAAAUUUCUUCAUCGUGAUCGCAAGGCGCAAGACGCAAAUCGGAGAUGCCAUGAGCUAGCUGAGGAGUUUGUGGACAAGGCCUUGAGCUAUCGGCAAACACUCAACGAGAAUGGGUCUGCAGGGGACGAUACCUCAGCCGAGAAGUCGAAAUCUCUGUUUCUGCAUAAAUUGGCGCAGCAAACGGGCGAUCGGACUCGAAUUCGAGAUGAACUGAUGAACGUGCUAUUAGCCGGACGUGAUACAACCGCUUCAUUGCUUAGCAACAUGUUCUUUGUGCUGGCGAAGAAACCUGAGAUAUGGGCCAAGCUACAAGGAGAGAUCGCCGUUUUAGAAGGCCGAGCACCAACCUACGACCAACUGCGCAAUCUCACAUACCUCAAGUAUUGCAUGAAUGAGUCACUCCGUCUCCAUCCCGUUGUUCCUGUCAAUGCCCGGCUGGCUGUGGUAGAUACUGUUCUCCCUGUUGGAGGUGGUAGGGAUGGACAAUCUCCGGUUUUUGUACCUAAAGGCACGACUGUCAGAUAUAGCCUGUACUCGAUGCACCGUCGCGAAGACUUCUAUGGCCCAGAUGCCCAAGAAUACCGCCCGGAGCGGUGGGAAAAAUUGCGCAUGGGCUGGGAAUAUCUUCCAUUUAAUGGUGGCCCUCGAAUCUGCGUGGGUCAGCAAUAUGCUCUCACUGAGGCUGCCUAUGUCACGGUCCGUCUGGCACAAAAGUUUCCAAUUUUGGAAAGUAGAGACCCCGGUUCUUGGAAAGAAAACUUGACUUUGACCCUCUGCUCGCAUAACGGCUGCCAUGUCAGCUUGCAACAUGCAUAA